CCUCCUGUCGCGACAUGGCUGCCCCCGGCCCCACCGGGCGCCCCCGGUCCCCAGCGCGGCGCAGGCUCGCGGCAGAUGGGCCCCGGCGUCCGCCGUCCUGGCCCUACGCAGCCCCCUCCUCCUGCUGUUCCAGCUCCUUCCUCCGCGCCCUUAGGCGUCGCCCGGGGUCCUCCUGCGACCCCGGCCCCGCGUGGCGUCCGCGUCUGGCCCCGCAGGCUGCGAGGUGCCGCCCCCUCCGCGUCGGCUCCUCGUCGUGUGGAUACGGGCUCCCCGGGGCUCAGGCGCCCGCCCUCCCGCAGCCGUCCCUUCUGCGGGAGGUGGCCUCUGGGCGGGCCUGCGAGCUCCUCAGGACUGGCACCUUUGUGCGAGGUGGGGUCACCUCUCCCAGGGCCGCUUCCCCCCAGCGCGGGUGCCACCUCUCCUCUCCGGGGAUGUGGUGGGGAUGACCCCCUGGAUUGAGGACUCUGCUUCUUCAGUUGGAGCCUCAGUCAGAGUUUGCACUGCUUCGUACGCAGCUCUUCCUCAUAGUAAAACGCCCCGGUGGUCUGAGGCUGCCGCAGCCCCGGCCUUCCCUUUCCGGAGGAGUCAGAACUGGCUCCAGUGUCACCCUUCCGGGGGAGUCGGACUGGCCCCAGUGUCACCCCUCCGGGGUAAUCAAGACUAGCCCCAGUGUCACCCUUCUUGGAGCAGUCAGGACUGGCCCCAGUGUCAUCUGCUUUAGGCCCUAGCUCUUACUCUGGGUGUCAGCCUCUGGCUUUGUGUCUGGGAGCGAUCCUGGAUCCAGACCAUCUACCUCUGGUGUCACUCUCCCCAUGUGUCGGUGGGGGAGUGCUGUUUACCUCCCCUGGGUCUCAGGUGGUCCUGUCUCAAUGACAUCUCGGAAGUUCCCACUUUGUCUGUGUUAAGGACCUCCUGUUGUGGGCGGUGCAAACUCUCCUUCUAAGUAGUACCGGUCUUUCAGUUCAGGGGCUGCCACCUCCCCCAAGAUUAGUUAAUGCUCCUGUCCUUUUGGUACUGUUUUUUUUUUUUUUUGACACCUUUUUCCAUUACCCUCACCAUAGAGGCUGUCACUUCCCUGGUCUGAGGCUUCUAUCCCCAUUCACAUCAGUUCUUAUUAUUGAGAUGCACUCUUCCCAGGAGGCAGGAGCCCCCUUAGGUAUCUAUGUCAAGUGUCUUGCUGUGUCAGGUUCCUCGCUGCGGCCGCAUAACUGCCAGCACUAAAGAGACCUCUUGGUGCCCACAGUAGUGAGUCAGGGGUCGCACCCACCUUAUAGGAACCCCCAGGAGGCUGAGCCUCCCAGGGCCAAGGUUCCUGUGCUCUGAGGCAAGGGCUGUGGGGCCGUGCUGUGCUCUCUCCUGAGUAAGGAACCUUCUUUGGAGUUUGGUGCCGGCCCCUGUAUGUGUAUCCCUCUUGUAAGACUGAGACCCCCUCAGGUGUGGGUGCCUGGGGCUAGUGCUUCUGCCCCCUGGUGAUAUCUUAGUCCAGGAAUGAGGCCUCUGCCCGGCCCCUGAGGCACAGACUCCUUGCUGUUGGGUGGGAGGCACCUGAGACUUGAAGGAGAGACCCCGCUAUUGUCACCUUCCCUAAGGCUAAAGGCUCCUGUGCUGUGCCUUUUUUGAGGUGGGGUUCUCAGUGCCCCACUCCUGGUGUGGGCCUCCCAGUGGAGAGAGGGCUACCUAUGCCCCAGGACCUACCACAGCCACCUUCCGGAGGCAUAGGUCCUGUGUGGCAGUGGCAGCGGCCCCCCAGGCUAGUGUUGCCUUCCACUUCUCACCAGCGGUGCAUGGUCUCUCCAUGUGGGCAUGUGACAGCCCCAGGAUUAAGGGCCGCUUGGCCUAUGUUCCCCGAGACUUGGCCUCCUGCCCUUCUCACCAGGUCUCACUGGUUUGGACCCUCAUUUCAUGACUGUGGGCUCCUGUGAGUCAGGCGCACUGCUCACCUCCUUCCCCCACCCCCUUGCCCUCAGCCCAGUGUGGACUCCUUCUUUGUGGGGUGUGCCUUCUUUCUGGACAGGGGACUUCUUGCGGUUAAGUCUCCUGGACCAAGGCUCCCAGACAGUGAGAUCCCUCAUGGUGAGAUGCAGGCUCUAUUGUGUCUUAGCUGCCUACCUGUCUGGGCGUGGGCCCAUGGCCAUGGUCCCCUACUUCCCCCUCCCCACCCCCCAGGGUCUCAGCAGGGUUCUUCUGUUGUGGUAUCUCUACUUCAAGACUCAAACUCUAGCUCCCUUUUCCUCUGGUCCUUUGCUGGGGGAUCUAAGGUGCAGCCCUCUCUCCCUCUCAACUGGGUUUUUCUGUGGAGGGUGUUGCCGCCUCUGCAGCCAAGGCUUCUACCUACCACAGUGCCCAGCUUCUCAGGUGCAAGUACCUCGGGCCACCCACCCUUCUCUGGAGAAGCUGCCUCUCGGGUCAGAUGUGCCCUCCCCAGGCUAGGGCUCUCGUUCCCUUGGUGCCUCACUUCCAACUCCUUCAGGACUGCCAGGCUGUCUCUCUGGGGGUAUCAACUACUCCCCUGGGCCAGGCUUCUCGACCUCUCAGUGUAGGGACUUGGAGAGGGCAUCCCGUCCUUAAGGAGUACAGUGCCUUGUUUAGAUCUGUAAACUGGGCAUCCUCUCCCUCUUGGCUGGAGCCCCUGCCCCUGCUUUGGGCUCCUGGGGUGGAGGCAGGGAGCACACGCUGUUGUGUAGUGUCCCUGUUCCGCCACCCCACCCUAGGCAGUAAGGGGCCUUUUCUGGAUCAGGGUGUUGGAGCUAAGACUUAUCCCUGCAACCUCAAUAUUAAGGGCUGGGCCCUGGUGUGCACACUUGGUGGCGUGAGUCCCCUCUUUGCAGCCAUCUCCCGGGGCUCUUUCUGCCCACUCCAUCUUGCUAGAGCUAGGAUAUCCCUUAGGUUGGCCUUGGGCCCCACUGGUGUGUCAGCUUCCCCUGGGCUGAGGGUGCUGCCAGUUCUCCUGCUUGGCCCUUUGCAGAGGUUUAUGCUCCCUCAAACCUAAUUUAGGGUGCCAUACCUUCUGUCACUGUGUGGAAUGUGUCCUUGUGGAGGGGCUAGCACAGCCUCUCUGAGAUUAGGGAACCUACCCCACCUCUAUGUGCUUCCGGUUCAGUGUGCUCUCUGGUAUACUGUCCCACCCAUAGCUGCUGGCCAUGCAUGAUUUAAAUUUCAGCUAGUGAAAAUACAAAGGAAAAAUUCCAUUCUUCCAUUGCCCUAGCCACAUCUCAAGUGUUCAGUGUCACAGAUAGCCCAGAAACAACAUUUCUGUCAUUGCAGACAGUUCUGUGAGAUAGGACUGUUCCUGAGACGUGCCCUCCGCAUGGGUGGGGACCCUGUCGGCACAACUCCUCUUAGAUUGAGGUUCAGUCCCCGCUGUAGGGCUCCUGCUGAUUGGCCUGUGCAGUGGGAGCCCCGAUCAGGGCUGUGCCUUCCAGCAGGCGUCCUGACCCUCUCUUCCAGAGCUGUGCCACCUCUGGUCUCAAUGUCGGGCCCUAAGGUUCAGCCUCUCCCGGACAAAACUCCUGGUGACUCAGUCACCUCUGAGUUGCAUAUAACCUCCCUCUGGGUGAAGAGGCUCCUCUCUCAGUGUUUUGGGCACUUGCCCUGCCAGUCUAUUUCCCUGAGUCUAUGUUACUGGCACUUUGUCACGUAAUUUCUUUGUGUGUGCAGAUAGCUCCCUCACAGCAAAGGUCUCCUACCCUGUCACCCUCCUUAGUCUCCCCCACACCCCUCUCUGCUCCCAAGCCUCCACUCUCUCAGGCUUAAAAGAGUUACCUCCUUUGGUUUAAGGAUUCUGCUCUGGGAUAAAUGUCUCCUUGUCCUAAGGGUCUCUUCUACUUGGGACCCAGCCCUGUUGGUGUGGGUAGUUUUGGCUCUUUGUGGUUCCAGCUGCCUCUCAGGUCAGGUGCGCCCUGUCCCCGACCUCCCCCCAUCCCUUAUAGCUCAUACACGUACAAUAUCAGGCCCUUGUCUGUGAGGUGCAUCUGCUCUGUCUCUUGACUCAACUAAGGGGUAACCUCUCCUGGUAUUCGGAUUUAGUCACCUGUAUCCCCGAGCCCUCAGUGGGAAGGGAGGUCUCCGGGUCUCAUGCCUUCAUCCCUGGCAGUCAGCUGUGUGCUGCGUGACUUCUUCCUAUUCUGGAAAAUCCUUUUUUGAAUGUCAUCUGGGGAGAAGGUGCUCCAUGCUCUAGGAAUUGUCCAUUUCCUGGGUCAAAGGUAUAUGAGUGUAUAUGUUUCUCAGUUCAGCAAUCUUCCAGAAUGUUCUUGUGCCAAGGUCAGGUCUUUGUCUUCAGGUAGUAAAUGGGUCUUCCCUUUAUCGUCCUGUGCACCCCACUGUUCCAGCCUCAUCCAUGUCUCUGGGUUGGGCAGCCACGGAAUAAACGUGCAUUCCUUCCCGCUCCCCCAGCAGCCUCCGUCUCCAGGAGAGUAUGAAGAGAGCGCAUCUGUAGGGCAGGGAAGAUGGCGGACAAGCGCAAACUCCAAGGUGAGAUUGAUCGCUGCCUCAAGAAAGUGUCCGAGGGUGUCGAGCAGUUCGAAGAUAUUUGGCAGAAGCUCCACAAUGCUGCCAACGCGAACCAGAAGGAAAAGUAUGAGGCUGACCUGAAGAAGGAGAUUAAGAAGCUUCAACGGCUGAGGGACCAGAUCAAGACAUGGGUGGCUUCCAACGAGAUCAAGGAUAAGAGGCAGCUCAUAGAUAACCGCAAGCUCAUUGAGACGGUAGGAGCCCAGAGCCUGGUUGUGGAGCGAGAGACCAAAACCAAAGCCUACAGCAAGGAGGGCCUGGGCCUGGCACAGAAGGUGGACCCUGCCCAGAAGGAGAAGGAGGAGGUUGGCCAGUGGCUCACGACCACCAUCGACACCCUGAACAUGCAGGUGGACCAGUUUGAGAGUGAAGUGGAAUCUCUGUCGGUGCAGACGCGCAAGAAGAAGGGCGACAAGGACAAGCAGGACCGGAUCGAGGGCCUGAAGCGGCACAUUGAGAAGCAUCGCUACCAUGUGCGCAUGCUAGAGACCAUCCUACGCAUGCUGGACAAUGACUCCAUCCUGGUGGACGCCAUCCGCAAGAUCAAGGACGACGUUGAGUACUACGUCGACUCCUCCCAGGACCCCGACUUUGAGGAGAAUGAGUUUCUCUACGACGACCUGGACCUCGAGGACAUUCCACAGGCGCUGGCCGCCACCUCCCCUCCCAGCCACAGUCACAUGGAGGACGAGGUCUUCAACCAGUCAAGCAGCACGCCCACCUCCACCACCUCCAGCUCACCCAUCCCGCCCAGCCCGGCCAACUGCACCACGGAAAACUCUGAAGAUGACAAGAAGAGAGGGCGCUCAACAGAUAGUGAAGUCAGCCAGUCUCCCGCCAAAAAUGGCUCCAAGCCCGUCCACAGCAGCCAGCACCCUCAGUCCCCAGCUGUGCCGCCCAGCUACCCACCUGGCCCCCUGCCUGCUGCCUCUGCCCUGAGCACCACCUCUGGCAAUAAUGGGGCCCCUGCCCCGGCAGCACCCCCAAGUGCCCUGGGCCCCAAGGCCAGCCCAGCUCCCAGCCACAACUCGGGCACCCCAGCUCCCUACGCCCAGGCUGUGGCCCCACCAGCCCCCAGUGGGCCCAGUGCUGCCCAGCCUCGGCCUCCCAGCGUCCAGCCCGGCGGGGGAGGUGGUGCAGGCAGCAACAGCAGUAACAGCAGUGGAGGUGGAGGUGCCAGCAAGCAGAACGGUGCCACCAGUUACAGCUCAGUCGUGGCAGACAGCCCGGCAGAGGUGGCUCUCAGCAGCAGUGGGGGCAACAACGCUAGCAGCCAGGCUCUGGGACCCCCAUCUGGCCCCCACAACCCACCCCCCAGCACCUCGAAGGAACCCACUGCAGCUGCCCCAGCAAGUGCUGGAGGUGUGACUCCAGGCUCAGGGAACAACGCCGGGGGACCCAGCCUCCUGGUGCCACUUCCUGUGAACCCUCCCAGCUCCCCGACGCCCAGCUUCAGUGAAGCCAAGGCAGGUGGUGCCCUGCUCAAUGGACCCCCGCAGUUCAGCACUGCCCCGGAAAUCAAGGCCCCUGAGCCUCUGAGCUCUCUGAAGUCCAUGGCAGAGCGAGCAGCCAUCAGCUCCGGCAUUGAGGAUCCAGUGCCAACGCUGCACCUGACCGAGAGAGACAUCAUCAUCAGCAACACAUCAGCCCCUCCAGCCUCGGCCCAACCGCCCCUGCAGCUAUCGGAGGUGAACAUACCAUUGUCACUGGGGGUGUGUCCGCUGGGGCCGGUGCCUCUCACCAAGGAGCAGCUCUACCAGCAGGCCAUGGAAGAGGCCGCCUGGCACCACAUGCCUCACCCCUCAGACUCUGAGCGCAUCAGGCAGUACCUGCCCCGGAACCCCUGCCCGACGCCCCCCUACCACCACCAGAUGCCUCCCCCGCACUCAGACACUGUGGAGUUCUACCAGCGCCUGUCCACCGAGACCCUCUUCUUCAUCUUCUACUAUCUGGAGGGCACUAAGGCGCAGUACCUUGCGGCCAAGGCACUGAAGAAGCAGUCGUGGCGGUUCCACACCAAGUAUAUGAUGUGGUUCCAGAGGCACGAGGAGCCCAAGACCAUCACUGACGAGUUCGAGCAGGGCACCUACAUCUACUUUGACUACGAGAAGUGGGGCCAGCGGAAGAAGGAAGGCUUCACCUUUGAGUACCGCUACCUGGAGGACCGGGACCUCCAGUGACACUAGCCCCUCCCUCCCCACCCCUCCCCCCCGCAUGCUGAUCCCCUGCCCAGGUGGGGGCCCUGCCCUGGAAGAUGGGGAAGCCCCAGGCCACAGGGCAGCCCCCUCCCCCAGGAAGCAGGGAAGGGGCUGGGAGGUUUUCUCUUCCUCUCAGCUCCACCCUAGGGGCCCCAGGGGCAAGGGCUGCCCCCUCCUCCCCUCCCCAGUGAGGGACAUUUUUUGGUAAACCUAUUUUCAUUUUGGAAAAUAUUUAUGAAUAAAUAGUUUUAUAUGA